CAGUCUCGAGCCAACAGCUUCCGCGGGAGCUUCGACGACGACACGGGCGUACUAGUACUACAGAAUUCCAUUUGCGACCGGCAGUAGCCUAUUGCGAGAGAAUUGCCGAACUAUACUUCGGACUUGGAGUCUGUUGUUGGCUGUAAGAUUUUAAAAAAAACAUGGCAGACCGAAUGGACAAUUUGCUUUCCCAGAUGGGCACUGGGAAAUGGCAUAUCUUCCACUACUUGACUGUGUGUUACUCCGUGAGUUUUCCUUCACCACAUGCCCUGGGAAGCGCAUUUUUGGCACCACGGCAGGAGCAUUCCUGUGUGGCUCCUUUGGGUACAGAUGAAAAUCAUUUUGACAGUACAGAUAGAGGUUCCUGUUAUUAUUCUUCUAGAGGUGAAAAUGGUACAUUCAUACAGAGAGCAUGUACAGAAUGGAUAUUUGACAACACUACAUUCACACAUACGAUUACUUCUGAGUUUGGGCUUGUAUGUGAGAAGGAAUAUUUGCGGGCCACUUACCAGAGUAUGUAUAUGUUGGGUGUCUUAGUAGGCUCUCCCAUCAAUGGCAUUGUGGCUGACAGGUAUGGUCGGAAAACAGUGUUUGUAGCUGGGGCUGUGUUGUUUGCACUCAUGGCCAUUGUAUCCAGUUGGAUGCCCAGUAUUUCUUCUAUUCUCUUGUUUCGAUUUUUACUUGGAACUAUGCAUCCAACACUUCUGAAGACAGGAUACAUUCUAGCUGUGGAAAUAACUGACCCAAAACUGAGGUCAUUGGUGGGUGUUAUUUAUUUUCUUCCCUGGGCAUUGGGGACAAUGGCUUGGGGAGGAUUGGCAUACUUGGUGAGGAGCUGGCGAUGGCUACAACUCUGUGCUUCCCUACCAUGCCUUCUUUUAAUGCCAGCACUAUGGUUUGUAGAUGAGUCUCCACGUUGGCUUAGUGUACGAGGCCAACACAAACGUGCUUUGGAAGUUAUUAAAAAAGCUGCAAGAUGGAAUAAAACUGUUAUACCAUCAGAUGAAGAACUCAUGUGCAUUUUUAAAGAGAGCCAAGAUAAGGUCAAAGUUGCAGAGGUCCAAGAGGAAAAGGAGCAUUCAUUAAAAACAGUGUUUCAGGAAUUUAUCAAGGCAACAUUCAUCUUAUAUAGGACACCACGACUCUGUUUUGUAAGCGCAGUUAUGCACCUAGACUUCUUUGUCUUUGGGAUGGUGUACUUUGGUCUGGCAUUAAGUGGUAGUAACUUCAAAUCAGAUGCUUUUGUAUACAUGAUUUUAAUGGGACUGAUGGAAGUGCCAGGUUGCACUAUCAUGGGUGCACUAAUAUCCUUUGGACGGAAAAUACCUAUAUGUCUAAGUCUUUUGGUCACUGGAGUAGUGCUUCUUGGUCUUCCUUUUCUACCUUCAGAAAUCCAGUGGUUGGUGGUAACCUUUGCUAUGGUUGGGAAGAUGACUAUCACCAUGUCCUUCCAAGCUGGAAAUCUCUUUGGAUCAGAGCUCUUCCCAACUGAAGUGAGAACAAGAGGCCUUAGCACCUCUUUCAUGCUGUCCCGUGUUGGCUCCUCCAUCUCACCUUUCAUCACAGAGUUCUUGGGGGUAGAUUACCCAUGGGCACCAUCAGUUAUAUUUGGGGCAUCAGCCAUUGUUGCUGGAAUUGCAACACUGACAUUGUGGGAAACACUUCAUAUGUCCUUGCCUGAUACCAUCAUGCAAAUGGAAAGCAAAGAUUUCCAAGUGCCUGAAAGAUUCCUGCCAUUUAAAACUGCUUCCAGGGGGAGGGGUAAAAACAGCGACGUGGUCUGCAUAGAGGAAUCGGUACCAAUGAAAACGAAAAAUGAUUAUUUAUAGUGGGGCUAAAAUGCAAAAAUAAGUAGGAUUACAAAUUGUGUUUAAAAAAUAAACAUUAUGAUGAAAAUGUAGUCACUCAAAAACGUUUUGCAACAUUUUCCAGAAGUUUUUGUUCCCCUAACAAUAAUUUAUUCAUUUUAUACUUAAAAGGAAAUUAGCUUUUCUUAUUCAAUUUUGGUUAUUAAUCAUACAGUUAACAAUAUAAGAAGAAUGGUGAGUGAAAAAUCUACAUUACAAAAAAUGACAUAUUAAAAAAUUUCGCUCAUGGUGGUAUGGUUAAAGCGUCAAAUAAAAAAUACAGUAGUAAUUUGUCAUCCAUUCAACCCUUAUGGGAGUAAAUUCAGACUUUUUUUUCUUCAUGGAUAAAUAACCUAAUGGGAGAAAAGAGGUAAUACCCAAUGAGAGAGAGAGAGAAAAUAAAGGAAUUAUAAUAAUGAUGAGAAAAAAGGAAUUAUAAUUAUGAUAAGAGAAAUAAAAACUGGAUUAAGGGAAACUGGGGGUUAAUUUCUCUUGACGCACCAGUUGUGUGUGUGCUUGUUUAAUGCGCUUACGAUGUAGUUGCCAAAUAGCUUCAGGUGUCAUUAUUAUAAACUGUUGUCUUUUGAAGUAUGUUGCAAAACAUUUUUGAGUAACUAUUACUGGAAUAGGUACUGUACUGUGUCAAAAGCUGGUUUCACCCCCAAAAAAUAAAGUGCAGAUCCCAGCAUAAAAUAUUUCAAAUUAUGACAUGCAUGGAAUAACAUACUUUGCUAAAAAAAAAACUUUAUUUUUAAUUUACAUAUUAUUCAAUGGUUCAAGACCAAGAAUCUUCAUUCCUGCAGCCAGGGUAAACCUAGCUGCAACAAAUAAGGCUAAUCUUGCCUUUGCAAUCUCUAGGGGAGAAGACUUGACCUGGAGUUGUUUCAGGGCAGAAUUGAUGCUUCCACUGAAAAAUAAAUGAAUUAUUUAGUUCAA